UCUCUUGAAAAUCCUCCCAAAGUAAUUCCGUGUGGGUGGCGUCUUGGAGCUGCGGUUUUCGGAACAAUGGAUAAAAGUGGCAAAGAUUUUGCUCUUGUUAUUCAGGAAUUUAUCGAUAUUAAGGCAAGACAGGAUGGCAUCUCCCAAGAGUGCAAUGAUAAAUGCCUCGUUGCUUUCGAAGUCUCAAUUGUACAGAGUUGGGUCGAUCUACCCCGGAUCGUGGCCCUCAUACGCAACGAGGAAACCAAACAAACAACUCUGUUCAUCUUUGCUGGAACACGGAUUGCUGAUACAGUGGUGAGCUACCUAACCACUGAUAAACUUAUCGCUGUGGACGAGGUUCUUAGCUGUGAUUCAGACUCAAACAAACCCACUAUGUUGCGAAUAAUUGGCAGAGAUAUCUCUUCGUUCGGGUCGGAUUUUGGAUUGUCGAAUUCGACUGUACCCAGCAAUAGCGGAACCUCGUCGGUGUCAGGGAAGCGCCAAGCGACAUCCGUUUCUACUAUUCCAGCCAUGCCUAAAAAGAGUCGGUUUGCUACCCUUUUUCUUGGAUUCGAUGAUGCUACUUCCGCCAACCAGUUUCGAAGUGAAUUGACCAUGGAAUGUUCUAAACAAACAGCUCCAAUUCCCUCAUCAACCAGAAAUACCACUUGGCUGGAUAAAUACAGAGCUGACAUCGUCACUCCAACUCACACACCGUCGCUGUCCCAUCCGAAUCGAACACUGCGAGCAGCUCGGAGUUUUGCCGAUGUCUCGCAUGACGCGACCUCGGCCGUGUCUACUUCAUUCUCUUCAACGUCUUGUUCCUCUACCUCGUCCGAGAGUCUCUACGAUGAUGUAGAUGGGAAAUUCGAUCCUAUUUUUAGUAGAGGAACGGUAGAGUAUAUUCGGCGAUCUGUGUCAGUGCCGCGAUUGUUGGAGGAGGAGAUCGAAAAAGGCCAGGACGUUGCUACCGCGCUGACUGAUUCUCAUUGGAUCGCAGGUGACUGUUCUACGACCGAGUUAAGCGCACCUCUUCCCACACCCACCACUAUUGCCAGUGCUGAGCAGGUGGGUUCUCCUUUCGUUGAUUUCCAAGUGGAGAUGAAAAUCAUUUUCAAUGCACUCUUUACCUUGCAGGAUGUUGCAAAUUCCAAGACCUCAGCAGUUAGAUCGAUUGGACUCACAAAUGCAGAGAGAGACGAUAGACGACAACUGAAAGUCAGUAUGCCAAUGACGAGGAUGCGACUUCUUCGCAUUCACUAA